AUGGAUUUCCAAUCUUUUUCCUUUGCCCCACAUGUGAUUCAAAACGCUUUGAAUUUGGCUAUAGGAUGGAGCUCUACCGUUGAAGUAGCAGACUAUGAAGUCUUUGUGCAAUUCUGCACCUUCUUCGAACACUUCAUCUGGAAUUCUGACUCUAGGUGUUCCCUUCUCAGAGAAGGAUUCAGGAGCCAAUUUUUGAAGAGAUUUAUCCUCAAAAGCUCUGAUUCUAGCUGCCAGGGAUGGAGAUUUUGUUUCUGGGGUAGGUUGUGGAGGAACAGUAACUUGCGGGUUCGGAGUCUGUGGGGGUUUGACAGUUUGGUUUUUAGGAGGGGUAGUUUUCUGGCUUACGGGUUGAGGGUGGGAUGGAGAAGAGGUUUGAAUGGUUUGGAAAUGACGCUGGGACUUAGGGGGGAGAAUAAUAAGUAA